AUGGCUGUAGCUCUAGACAAAAUAAUCAAAGGAUUUACAUUCCUGAACGAGGAUUUAGCAGAUCCACGUACCAAAGAUCUGUUUCUGAUCGGCAAUUUAUGGUAUACCCCAUCUCUGAUUAUAUUUUACAUAUACUUUGUAAAUGUUCUUGGACCAAAAUUUAUGGAGAAAAGACAACCUUACAAAUUGAAUAGGAUAAUACAGAUAUAUAACGUUCUGCAAAUUAUAUCGAACUUAUACAUAUUUUAUUUGGCAUUAAAUCUGAUGUGGUUGACAAAUUACAAUUUUCAAUGUGAACCUGUCGAUUUCUCCUAUGCACCCAGAGCUAUACAGAUCUCAAGAAUGUUCUGGUACUACUUUUUGCUCAAGAUCGUUGAUUGGCUGGACACAAUCUUCUUUGUACUUAGGAAGAAGCAAAGUCAAGUAAGCUUCCUUCACGUAUAUCAUCACUUUGGCAUGGUAAUGGCUUCUUGGGUAGGCGUUAAAUAUUUUCCCGGUGGUCACAGUUCGUUAUUAGGAUUACUCAACACGUUCGUUCACUCAAUAAUGUACACAUACUAUUUGCUGUCGUCCAUGAAAAUAAACACGAGAUCGUGGAAAAAAAACAUUACUCAGCUGCAGAUGAUUCAGUUCUUUAUGCUAGCAUGGCACUACUCCAAAUUAUUGUGGACGGAUUGCGGUUACCCGCAAUGGGUAGCCGCGGUAAUGAUACCGCAAAAUGUCUUCAUGUUUGUAUUAUUUGGGGAAUUUUAUUACGAUACCUACGUUAAGCCAGCAAAUGUGCCGGCGUUACCGAAAAUAAAAGCGAACGACGUCCUCGCAAGGGGUCUCGUCUCGAAUGGCAAAUUGAAAGAACAAUAAAUGCGCGUAGCGUAUUGUUCGCUCGA